AUGUUUCUUCUCAAAACCUCUAUUCUGCUGUUAAUUUCUCUUCAACUUGCGACCGGAGGUCCUUGUUGUUGCAAGGGAGACUGUUCAGAGAAACAAAUUGAGAAGAAGGUUAAGUAUGUGACUGUUCCCUCUCCUGAUAAACCUUUCACUUGGGAAGAAUCUGAUAAGGCUCGCCUGCUUUUGAAGGAGAAUCUCACAACUGCCGAAAUCUUAUUGGACAAGCCAACCAAAGUUGCUAAAGCUGUUGCUAAGCCAGAUGUUGCUAACCAGGAGGAACCCAUGCUUGGGGCCUGGGUAGUUAAUGAGAUUGGAAGUCUCUGCGAUGAUGGAUGGGAACUUUUCAAGGAGUCUUGCUAUUACAUUGAACGUGAAGAGAAGUUGCCUUUGGAUCAAGCUGAGCAAUCAUGCAUCAAGAAAGGAGCUACUCUUUUCGUCGCAAACUCUAAGGAAGAAUUCAACACCAUCUUGCAAGAUGCUCCCAUGAACUACUUCACCUGGACUGGAUUGUACAAGAAGGGAGAUGACACCCUUCCAACCUGGCACACCAAGGAUGCCAUUGAUCUUAAUGAGCUCAACUGGAUCAUCCAACCAUACUCUGAUGCCACCAAUGGAUGGACCACUGUCUCUCAAUGUGCUGCUCACUACAAUCCUUUUACUGCUUUCGGCAAGUACACUUUCUGGUACCCAUGCUCAUUUGCUUACUACUACGUCUGUGAACGCAAUGCUACGUUGGCCACUACCUCGAUGCCUAAGCUAUUCAAUUAG